AAAAAAAAACUUGUUGAGCACAAGUUUGUGGACGUUGCAAUCAAUUUGUUUAAUACGGUUUGUUAGUUGUGACUGUGAAUGGUGUUGGAGCCGGCUUCAACCUUCUCUAUGUUAUUCUCUUUCUCAUUUAUUCCCCCAAACACACCAAGGUAAAAUCAGUGAAGUUAGUGGGAAUAGUGAAUGUUGGUUUUCUUGGUGGUGUAAUAAUUGUGACAAUGGUGGGUUUACGAGGUGGUAUCCGCCUUACACUUGUUGGAGUUUUAUGUGCUGUCAUAACUAUUGGCAUGUACGCUGCUCCUCUCUCUGCCAUGAGAACGGUGAUUAAGAUGAAAAGCGUAAAGUAUAUGCCGUUCUUCCUAUCGUUUUUCCAAUUCCUGAACGGGGCGGUGUGGUCUGCCUACGCCGUACUUAUUAAAGAUUACUACAUUGGGGUACCAAAUGGGAUUGGAUUGUUGUUAGGGUCAGCCCAAUUGAUAUUGUAUAUGAUGUACAAAAAUGAGUCUAAUUGUGAGGAGAAAAUGGAAGAAGAAGGGUCGGCCCACCUCUUCAAAAUGCAAGAUUUUAAUGAAGAAGACUCAACAAAUAUGAGAAGUACAAGUCUCUACAAAGGGAAUAGCCUCCCCAUACCAUCUCUUGCUCGGGAGUACAACCAAAAGAUUGUCAAGACAAUUUCUCUAAGCCCAUUUGAGUUGGACAAAUUAAAUGAGAAAGAUAUUGAAAAAGGGUUUUAGAGAGAGCCAUUAAGGCUUUUUGGGCUUGCCUAAAAUUCCUUAGACAAUCGUUACAUGUACAAUACUAAAUUUAGUUGGAAUAAUCAAAUUACUAAUUAUAUUGAUGGUUAUUCUCAA